AUGCCAGAUUCAGAGAUUAUCGCGACGACUACCCCUAUCGCGCAACAUAGCGAUAUACGCAGCCGAACCCCCAGAUCAUCACAUCAAACCCUCAAACACACAGCACCGACACCAUGCCUGGAAGAAACCCACUUCAGCAAUUCUGGUAGGGCAAAGAAGACGACAGGGCCCGUCGAGGUCCUCGAGGAGCCUCGAAAUGUCUUGAAACCAGACGGCAACUGCAACAGUACCCUGAUUUCGAACUCUUCCGUCUCCCAUUAUCAGGAGAAUACCGUGCCCGAGGAUGAUGGCUUCGAGAUGCCCGCUUACCAGAAGAAAAGAGCCAGGACAGAGUUCCGGAAGGCCGCAGUAAGCAAUGCGAUCAACGAGGUCGAGGCCGCAAAGGCGAUGGAUCCUUCAGAUGAGGGUUCUUGGAAGCGUCUCAACGAUGCUCAAGCGGUACUCGCACAAGCUCGCAAGGAAGACAACCGUCGAUUGGCGAUGCAGCAGAAAGCCGCCGAAGCUGCGCGUCCGAGGCACAAGUCGAUAGUCAUUGGUAAAUAUGGCCACCGAAGCUUGUACGAAGCCCAGCCGAAGACGAAGAACCACGGCGUACGGUUUUCAGACCAAAUUCCCGGCGCGAUCUUCUACCACGAAGAAGUCCGUAGACUUGCCGGUCACCCAAGCAUCAAACCAGGCGAUCCAGGUACGUUCCAGGAUCAUCGUGGGAUCUGGCACUUCGCCAAAGGCCGAUUCUUGGUGUCUUAUAGUCGGCAGCACGCCAAAAUCAACGAGGUCGAAAUCCUGACUUUCGGUAACACCGGCGUCGCAAAGGUUCCCGAAGAGGAAUUAUGCGAAUACAUCAACCUGAAGCCGAAAGGCGUGGUCAAUUACAAGCCACAGGUCCUAGGGGCUCCAGUCCUAGAGGUGCAGACCAAAAUCGGACGCCGCUUCGUGGAUCGUGACACUAUGCUCGUGCGCGUUUCUUGCCCGCAUACUCGCGAUCUCGACUGUGAUGAACUGGAGAAGGUUGGUUCGAUUACUAAUGAGAGCCUUAGGAUUCUUAUCGCAUCAAUUCAGAAGUUUCCGGGCCGCAAUGCUUUAACUGAAGGCAAAUAG